UGCAGCACAAUUGGGCAGAAGAGAAUCCCUGCAAAGGGUAGCACAUACAGAAGGAGGGAGAAUACUGAGGAGGAAACUGCUAACAGAGAAGCAAAGAUGGAUCUACUUUCAACUCUCUCCCUGGAAACCUGGGUCCUCCUGGCAAUCAGCCUGGUGCUCCUCUACUGGUUUGGGACACGUACACAUGGAGUUUUUAAGAAACAGGGAAUUCCUGGACCCAAACCUCUGCCUUUUUUAGGAACUGUGCUGAAUUACUACAAGGGUUUAUGGAAAUUUGAUGUUGAGUGCUAUAAAAAGUAUGGAAAAAUAUGGGGGUUGUUUGAUGGUCAAAUCCCUACAUUUGCCAUCACAGACACAGAGAUGAUCCGAAAUAUACUAGUGAAAGAAUGCUAUUCUACGUUCACAAACCGGCGGAAAUUUGGCCCAGUGGGGAUUAUGAAAAAAGCUGUCUCCAUAUCUGAGGAUGAGGAGUGGAAGAGAAUCAGAGCCUUUCUGUCUCCCACCUUCACCAGUGGAAAACUCAAAGAGAUGUUCCCCAUUGUUGAACAGUAUGGAGAUAUUUUGGUAAAAUACUUGAGAGGAAAGGCAGAGAAAGGCAAGCCUGUCCCUGUGAAAGAAGUGUUUGGGGCCUACAGCAUGAAUGUAGUCACCAGCACGUCAUUUGGAGUGAAUGUCGAUUCCCUCAACAAUCCAAAGGAUCCUUUUGUGGAGAAUGCCAAGAAGCUCUUAAGACUUGAUUUUUUUGAUCCAUUAUUCUUGUCAGUAGUACUUUUUCCAUUCCUCACCCCAAUAUAUGAGAUGUUAAAUAUCUCCAUGUUCCCAAAGGAUUCCUUAGCAUUUUUCAAAAAAUUUGUGGAAAAAAUGAAGGAAAACCGCCUGAAUUCUAAUGAGAAGCAUCGAGUGGAUUUUCUCCAGCUGAUGAUGAAAGCUCACAAGAAUACCAAAGACAAAGAGUCUCACAAAGCCCUGUCUGACAUGGAGAUCAUGGCACAGUCAAUUAUCUUUAUUUUUGCCGGCUAUGACACCACCAGCACCACACUUUCCUUUGUCUUGCAUUCCCUGACCACUCACCCUGAUAUACAGAAGAAACUGCAGGAGGAGAUCGACAGGGCUCUGCCCAAUAAGGCAUCACCCAGCUACAAUAGUGUGAUGGAGAUGGAGUACCUGGACAUGGUGUUGAAUGAAACCCUCAGAUUAUACCCAAUUGCUAAUAGACUUGAGAGGGUCUGUAAAAAAGAUGUUGAAAUCAAUGGUGUGUUUAUUCCCAAAGGGUCGAUAGUGAUGAUACCAACUUAUGCUCUUCAACAUGACCCACAGCACUGGCCAGAGCCUGAGAAAUUCCGACCUGAAAGGUUUAGCAAGGAGAACAAGGGCAGCAUUGAUCCUUAUCUAUACCUGCCCUUUGGAUAUGGACCCAGAAACUGCAUUGGCAUGAGGUUUGCACUCAUGAAUAUGAAACUUGCUCUCACUAAAGUCCUUCAGAACUUCUCCUUCCAGCCUUGUAAGGAAACACAGGUGAGAGAGACAAUUAUCUGUAUAAAUGAAGUUUUACAGGAGACAUUUUUUGAACUGAGGUUUUGUGUAUAAAAAUGAAAAUAUUUG